UGAUGGGUUGACAAUUCAGAAGACCAAGAUUUAUUGAACUCUGUACUGAAGCUAAAAUUCCCUUCGCCAACUCCCAGCUUGUCAAUAAUGGCUGAACCAAUGAUCAGCACUGCAACAAAGAAGUAUGCAGUUGUUACUGGGGCAAAUAAAGGGAUUGGACUGGAGAUAUGUAGACAGUUGGCUUCUAAUGGAGUAUUGGUGGUGCUCACAGCAAGAGAUGAGAAGAGGGGUCUUGAAGCUCUUGAGACUUUCAUAGGGUCUGAUCUCUCUGAUCUUGUGGUUUUUCAUCAGCUUGAUGUGGCAGACCCUUCUAGUAUUCAUUCCCUUGCUGAAUUUGUCAAGAACCAGUUUGGAAAACUUGAUAUCUUGGUGAACAAUGCAGGGAUUACUGGUGCCAAAGUAGACGGUGAUGCGUUAAGAGCUGCAGUGGCUGGUGAUGGUGCUCUUGAGGAGAAAAUGGCACAGAUCAAAUGGGAUAAAAUAAUGACCCAGACUUAUGAGGUGACAGAAGAAUGCCUGCAAAUAAAUUACUAUGGUGCAAAAAGGAUGAUUAAAGCAUUUCUUCCCCUUAUCCACUUGUCUGAUUCGCCAAGAAUUGUGAAUGUUUCUUCCUCCAUGGGGAAGUUAAAGAAUAUACCAAACGAAUGGGCAAAAGGAGUGUUCAGUGACAGCGAAAGCCUUACGGAAGAGAGGGUUGAUGAAGUAUUGAAUAAGUUUCUAAAAGAUUUCAAAGAGGGUUGUAUAGAAGCCAAAAGUUGGCCUCCUUCUGUGUCUGCAUAUAUAGUCUCUAAAGCAGCCAUGAAUGCUUACACAAGGAUUGUGGCUAAGAAGUACCCAAAUAUCAUCAUCAACUGUGUGUGCCCAGGCUAUGUGAAAACUGAUAUAAACUUUAACACCGGCGUAUUAAGUGUUGAAGAAGGUGCCCAAAGCGCCGUGAGACUGGCUUUGCUGCCGGAUGGAGGUCCUUCUGGUCUCUUCUUUUUUCGUAAUGAAGUUGAUACUUUUGAAGGAAGAGAGAUUAAUAGGGAAGACCACAACGUUUUGUCCAUACAUGCCAAAUGCCAAAUUAUAGAACAUAAAUUUUCUGCUCAGGAAGAUUUAUUGAACUAUGUACUGAAGCUAAAAUUCCUUUUGGCAACUCCCAUCUUGUCAACAAUGGCUGAACCAGCGAUCAGCACUGCAACAAAGAGGUAUGCAGUCGUUACUGGGGCAAAUAAAGGGAUUGGACUGGAGAUAUGUAGACAGUUGGCUUCUAAUGGAGUGUUGGUGGUGCUCACGGCAAGAGAUGAGAAGAGGGGUCUUGAAGCUCUUGAGAAUUUCAAAGGGUCUGAUCUCUCUGAUCAUGUGGUUUUUCAUCAGCUUGAUGUGGCAGACCCUUCUAGUAUUCAUUCCCUCGCUGAAUUUGUCAAGAACCAGUUUGGAAAACUUGAUAUCUUGGUGAACAAUGCAGGGAUUUUAGGGGCCAUGGUAGAUGGUGAUGCGAUAACAGCGUAUGUGGCUGCUGGUGAUGAGAUCAAGUGGGAUGAAAUAAUAACUCAGACUUAUGAGGUGACAGAAGAAUGCCUACAAAUAAAUUACUAUGGUGCAAAAAGGAUGAUUGAAGCACUUCUUCCCCUUCUCAAGUUAUCCGAUUCACCAAAAAUUGUGAAUGUUUCCUCCCAACUGGGGCAGUUAAAGCUUAUACCCAAUGAAUGGGCAAAAGGAGUGCUCAGUAGUGAUGCCGAAAGCCUUACAGAAGAGAAAGUUGACGAAGUAUUGAAUGAGUUUCUGAGAGAUUUCAAAGAGGGUUGUAUAGAAGCCAAAAGCUGGCCUACUUUUAUGUCUGCAUAUACAGUCUCUAAGGCAGCCAUGAAUGCCUACACAAGGAUAGUGGCUAAGAAGUACCCGAAUAUCAUCAUCAACUGUGUGUGCCCUGGCUAUGUAAAAACUGAUAUAAACUUUAAUACUGGCAUAUUAAGUGUUGAAGAAGGUGCUGAAAGCCCCGUGAGACUUGCAUUGCUGCCGGAUGGAGGUCCUUCUGGUCUCUUCUUCGUUCGUAGUGAAGUAUCAUCUUUUUGAAGGAUAAACAUGAUUCGUUAUAGACUUAAAGCUUGCAGAUGAAGAUACGGCUUUCUGUGCAUGUAUAUCACAUAUGUAAAAUAAGUAGCUUGUGAGUUUUAACGAUAUUGUCAUGUCAUACUAAUACUUUGUACAACAAAUCUAAGUAAUUCUCGUACUGUUUUAUGCUCUAAAUACACAAGCAUGGCUUGUGGUCUAUUUAGUAAUAUUUGUUUAGCUUGUUUA